AUGCCCUCGAAAGCAGAAGUCAGUCUUUUCAUCGCGCGGCCGGAGCUUAUUGAGGUCUUGUGGAACGAGGAAGGGCAGCAGGGAUGCUUGCCCUGCAGCAAUGGCACAACCACCCGACUGCUGCUCAUCUGCAUAUCGAACGAGACCUUCCAGAAGUGCCCUGAGUCGAGCGGAGGUGGCGAGUCUUUCAUUCAAGAUGGUGCUGCGUGCACGAGUUGUGGUGAGGGCCUCUUAUGCCCGAUUGGAAGCACGCUCGAGAAGCUGCGGAAUGCCAGCGGAGAAGAGGACCCACAGGUACUGGAGGGUUACAAUGCCGAUCCAUUGAACCCUCUGCAUGUCUACCGGUGCAGGGUCAACUGCCCAGGGGGGCGCCCAGGCACCUGUACAGGGGGUCAUGUGGGCCUCACUUGUGGUGAGUGUUCCUCCGGCCACUUCUCCAUAGGCGAUGGGUGCAGCGCUUGUGGUGGGGAAAUUGUUGGGCUUUGGAUACUGGCCAUAGCUCUUUUUGUUGCGGGAAUCAUCAGUUUCCACUACCUGCUGUCCUCGCCCUACUCCUCCAAAGCCAGCGUUCUCACUUGCACAACAUGCACAUUGGGAAUGACGGUUGCCGUGUUUCAGAACUUGGGGAUCUUCAAGACGGUGGACAUCCCCUGGCCGAAAGAGUUGGCAGACUUCCUGGCCGUGUUCCGCGUCUUCCUGCUGGACCUGGACCAUCUAGGCUUCAGUUGCCUUGCCGGAGGUCCUGUCCAGCGCUAUGCCAGCAGUUGCGUGGCCUUCUUUGCGGUUAUUGGAGGCCUCUUCACCAUGACUGUCUUGACCAACCUGCUGCUCCCCGAGCGCUUGAGCCAGUGGAAGUGGCAGAAGUGGAAGGCCAUGAGCACCACCGGCCAGUUUCUCCAGGUCGGCUUCACCACCAUGGCCAAUGUGAGCCUUCUGCCCUUUGUGUGCAUUCGCCAUCCAUCAGGGCAGGAAGGAGUUCUCAAGUACACCAGCAUCUUCUGCGGAUCCCCAGAACAUGCAGUGAUGCAGGUCUUCGGAUCCUUCACUCUGGGGCUGUGCUCGCUCUUCCUGGCAGCUUGCUUCUACGCAGCCUGGCAGGCGCCGGUCUGGUCCGGCAUGGCGAAGCAGGGGGCCAUCCGCUUCCUCAUCUUCCGCUUCCGGCCGGAUGUCUGGUGGUAUGGCAUCACUCUUCUGACCCGAGGCCCGCUCCUCUCUCUUCCCGUCGUCUUUGCGCCCAACUAUCCGGUGAUCCAGCUGGUGUGUCUGCUCGCGAUCAUGCUGGCCUCCUUCUUUGCGCAGCUUUGGUUCUUGCCUUGGAAGGCUCCGAUCCUCAACUUGGUUGAUGGUAUCACCAACGCCCAGCUGAUUGUGCUGCUGGGUCUCGGCCUGGGCCGCGUCGAAGCCGAUGGCCCCUCGGUGAGUUUUCUUGACUACGUCGCCUCCAUCACCUCCGCCUCCAUCACCACCCUCCUACUUUUUCUCAUGCUGCUCGCGCUGCUCAGCCUCUGCUACCGCAAGGGCUUGGGCAGCGGCGCCGGCGAGCUCAGAGUCAUGAGCUUUGGGCGAAACUUAGGGAUCUUCUGA